AUGCCUUCACAGACUUCUGCUAAUCCCCCAGCUCACAAGCGCAUCCCUGAGCUUGCUCCAAAGCUUCUCCAAGCGCAUAACCCUGGAGAUCUCGACAAGCAUCAUGCGAAGCUUGUGGCAAAGCACAUGAAUGCUCAGAGGGAUGAGACUGCUUUCUCUUUGCCUCAAGCUACCGCUCCAACAUCGCUAAUCGAGACGAGCUUGGCAGCAGAUCGCAGGUUUGAAUCCAGCGGUGUAGACGAGGUAGAAGACACACCAUCUCACCUUGCGACAACCAAGGGAAAGCAUCGCUUGAUUUCCUCUGGUUCAGAAGACAAUGCAUCUAAUGAAUCAAGUGAAAUCGAGCUAUUGAGUGAGCCCCUGCCUCUGCAGAACUCAAAGAGCGGCUCCCUCUCUGGGUCAAAGACCAGGAAAAUGAAAGCUAAGAAGGCCAGGUUUGACACGAAGGCGCAGGAGAAGGCGGCUUACAAUGAGGACGGCUUUCUUGUGGACAUCGUUGUCCAAGAGAUCAAGCCAACAGUUCAGGCUAUAGACCCUACAAAUGCAUGCAAGGAUGUUGACCACUUCUUUGCUCCAGCUGAAAAGCACUUGGGAAGGCAGGGAGAGCCCAGCAAGAAGCACAACAAGUGCCUUCAAUGCAAAGAGUGGAUCAUCUCAGAUAUAACCAAUCUGCAGCGCCACAUAGAGACGAAGCAUUUGAAGAAUAAUUCCGAGUCCAAGCUUCGUGGAGAUAUUAACGAGCGCAAGGCAUCCCUUGAGACCAUCAAACUUGAGCAGAAGACGCUUGACACCCAUCUGCAAGAUAUGCCAAAGGAGGAGAGGGUUAUCCACUACUCUGAACUUGUCUUCAAGUGGAUUGCCGUGGAAUGGCUUGCUGAGACAGACCAGGUGCGCAGAGAUAGUGCAUUUUCUGCUGUUCUCAAGGCACAAGCUACAAAUAGUGUCAAGAUCCCAAAUCAAAAAGCUGCUUGCAAGGAAAUCCUGGAACGCUUCUAUGAACAGAUGGCAGGUCUCAAGGCUCGCUUUGCAUGCGACACUGUUACUGGUGAGAUUAGCCUCACCUGUGAUGCCUGGCAAGCCUUCAAUCUGGAUGCCUACUUUGCGGUGACUGGCCACUUCAUUGAGAAGCAGAGUGAUGCCAGCUGA